GCAGGCCGGUGGAUGCGGCUGUGAUUGGCCGGGCUGGCGCGAUGGCGGCGGCGGCGGCAAUGGUGUCGGCGGCAGGCGGCGGCGACUUCUCGGAUCUGCGGGAGAUCAAGAAGCAGCUGCUGAGCGUGGCAGAGCGGAGCCGCGAGCGCGGGCUACAGCACAGCGGGAAGUGGGCUGCUGAACUUGCAUUCGCCCUGGAGCCACUGCCACUGAGUGAGCUGCCGCCUCCACCCGUGCUCACCGAGGAGGAUGCUCGUGAUCUGGAUGCCUACACAUUGGCCAAGUCUUACUUUGAUCUCAAGGAAUAUGACAGGGCUGCCUACUUUUUACAGGGCUGCAAGAGCCAGAAAGCUUACUUCUUGUACAUGUACUCCAGAUACCUGUCAGGGGAAAAGAAGAAGGAUGAUGAGACAGUUGAUAGUUUGGGACCUCUGGAAAAAGGACAGGUGAAAAAUGAAGCUCUACGAGAAUUGAGAGUUGAGCUCAGCAAGAAAUACAAGGCACAGGAACUGGAUGGAUUUGGCCUUUAUCUCUAUGGUGUUGUGCUGCGGAAACUGGACCUGGUGAAAGAAGCAAUAGAUGUAUUUGUUGAAGCUGCUCAUGCCCUGCCUUUGCAUUGGGGAGCCUGGCUGGAACUUUGCAACUUGAUUACAGAUAAAGAGAUGUUGAAGUUCCUGUCGUUGCCAGAUACAUGGAUGAAAGAGUUCUUUCUUGCACACAUUUAUACAGAGCUGCAGCUGAUAGAGGAAGCUCUGCAGAAGUAUCAGAGUCUCAUUGAUGCAGGAUUUUCUAAAAGCACUUAUAUCAUCUCUCAGAUUGCAGUUGCUUACCACAAUAUAAGAGAUAUUGACAAAGCUUUAUCCAUCUUUAAUGAGCUGAGGAAACAAGAUCCUUACAGGAUAGAAAACAUGGACACUUUCUCCAACUUGCUCUAUGUAAGGAGCAUGAAGCCUGAGUUGAGCUACCUGGCUCAUAAUCUCUGUGAGAUAGACAAAUACCGUGUUGAGACCUGCUGUGUAAUUGGAAAUUAUUAUAGCUUGCGUUCCCAGCAUGAAAAAGCAGCGCUGUAUUUCCAGAGGGCCUUGAAACUGAAUCCUCGUUAUCUAGGAGCCUGGACACUUAUGGGACAUGAGUAUAUGGAAAUGAAGAACACAUCUGCAGCUAUCCAGGCUUAUAGGCAUGCAAUAGAGGUGAACAAAAGGGAUUACAGAGCAUGGUAUGGCUUGGGGCAGACCUAUGAAAUCCUCAAAAUGCCAUUUUACUGUCUCUACUACUACCGACGAGCCCACCAGCUCAGACCAAAUGAUUCUCGUAUGCUGGUUGCUCUAGGAGAAUGCUAUGAGAAACUCAAUCAGUUGGUGGAAGCUAAGAAGUGCUAUUGGAGAGCUUAUGCUGUGGGAGAUGUGGAGAAAAUGGCACUUGUGAAACUAGCCAAGUUGCAUGAACAGCUGAAUGAAUCUGAACAGGCAGCUCAAUGCUACAUCAAAUACAUCCAGGAUAUUUAUUCCUGUGGGGAGGUAGUGGAGCACCUGGAGGUCAGCACUGCAUUUCGUUACCUGGCCCAGUACUACUUCAAAUGUAAGCUUUGGGAUGAAGCCUCAGCAUGUGCUCAGAAAUGCUGUGCCUUCAAUGAUACUAGAGAAGAAGGAAAGGCCCUGCUGCGCCAGAUCUUACAGCUUCGCAACCAAGGAGAAACAUCAUCCACAGAUGUUGCUGCUCCCUUUUUCCUUCCUGCAUCCUUAUCGGCCAGCAACACUCCCACACGUCGUGUCUCCCCUCUCAAUCUGUCUUCUGUAACACCAUGAACAAUUCUGAUUCUAACUUGUGCAUUGGAUGUGACAUUGCAGAUGGGACAUACAACCACUUACUUCUUUCUAGGGAAAUUCCUUGUUUUGUUGUUGCCCUCACGUGAAGGGUAGGAGUUAGCAGAGUCCACAGCUGAAGACAGAUGUGCCCCCAACAGGCAGAGGGCAGCCUGAUGUGAAAGUGGUGAAAGUGCCUGUGCUGCUGCUCUACUUCUCACCAAGUCAUUCCAGUCAGAGGGCAUAUGACAUAUCCCACUACCCCAGAGGGCAUAUGACAUAUACCCACUUCCCCACUAGCAUUGGGAAGAGCUUGUCUGCUUGAGUUAAAAUACAUUUUAAGUUUGAUUCA